UCUUCAACUCAGUUAGGCAAUAUUGCUUAAAAAAGAAAUGAAUAGAAAGGAUACUCACAAGUUUCCUCCCCAGAAGGUUACAAAACUCCAGCUACUAGUCCUCUCUUCCACUUAAUCAGAUCCCAGCUCAGCAACCUCACAAAUUUGCUUUAAAAAACCCUCUUCUGGGUCUCGACCGAAUACACCAAUAUCUCUUUUGAGCAUUUCUUCAGUCACUUAGCGAGCUUCGAUGGCAUCCACCAAAACCUGUGCUCUCCUCAUAGUUUUCUCUCUUCUUUUCCACUCGUCAUUCACCAGCGCUUGUAACUCAUGCAAGCCACCAAAGCCGAAACCCAUUCCACCUCCGGCAUGCCCUCCGCCGGCAAAGCCUGCUUAUUGUCCCAAGGACACGCUGAAGCUAGGCGUUUGUGCUGAUUUGCUUGGACUGGUGAACAUCGUGGUGGGAACGCCUCCGACGAGCAAAUGCUGUGCUUUGAUCCAAGGCUUGGCUGAUUUGGAGGCUGCCCUUUGCCUUUGCACCGCCAUCAAAGCUAAUGUUCUUGGGAUCAACCUCAACAUCCCUGUUACUCUUAGCCUGCUCCUUAGUGCAUGCCAGAAGGAAAUCCCUCCGGACUUCAAAUGCUGAUAGAGUUAUGAGAAGCACGAUCGGUUCCUGUUGGCUAUGUUUGCUCUAAGCCUCUACUUUAACGGUGUAUUAAUGUGUCUUUGUUUUUAAUGUAUUGCUUUUGAUUAGUACAAUUCGAAGUUGGAAUA